CUCCUAGGCCUGCCUGGCACUUCUUCCCUGCUGCAACCGAGGUCACAUGGUGGGCUUUAAAGAAGACCACUACAUGCUGCGGGAGAACCUGAUGGUCUCAGACCACCUGGACACACCCAUGCUGCGCAGCGGGAACCUUAAGGGGCGUGAUAUGGUCCGCUGGAAGAUCACCAACAACGUGCAGCGGCCUGGCUUUGCCACCCACACUGCCAGCACCAACCCCACAGAGCUGGUGCCCUACGGGCUGUCCCUGCGCCUUGCCCGCCUUUGCACCGAGAACCUGCUGAAGCCCGACACUCGAGAAUGUAACCAGCUGCGCCAGGAGGUGGAGGAGAAUCUGAACGAGGUGUACAGACAGAUCACAGGUGCACACAAGCUCCAGCAGACUAAGUUCCGGCAGCAGCCCAAUGCUGGGAAAAAGUGAGUUGAAGCUACA